CUGCAAGUCUGCGAAAAGUCUGCAGCGGCCCGUUUGCUGCAGUGCAAUCACACACACACACCCUUUCUCACUCCUAUUUUCACAGCCUGCCUGCACAGCAACAACAUUGUGACCGAGAGGAGGUUCUUUGGUGACUCAGCACAGCUGUAGCGAGAUGGCCCAAAACGACCCGAAAAACCUGAUGCCCCCGCCGGGGACGCUGACCCCAGGCCAGCUGCAGUCUCACUUCAAGAUGGAGCCAAAGACUUUAGGGGCCAUCCAGCUGGUCAUCGCGGUGUUAAUCCUGUGCCUGAGUGCGUCUGUGCUCCAGCUUCACGAAAUCCACUUCACGGCUGACGUGGCGCUCUUCCUCAUCGUCGUUAUCCAGGUGGCCUUGUCAGGGUCGGUGUUGAUUCACAGUGGUAGGAGGCCCACUUUGUUUUGGGUGAAAUGCGCCUUGGUCCUUCAUCUGAUCAGUGCGGCGUUCGCUACCGCCGCCCUGGGCCUGAUGUCCAAGCACCUCCCGUACAGGCAGGAUUCGUACCACUGCGAGCACUGUCGCCGCAUGGAAUACCACGCUGUGCUACAUUGUUUCAGGAGAUGCACCGAGCUGGUCGAGCAAAAGUGCAAACUGUUGAUUGACGGCAUCCUGGGAACGCUGGUGGUCUUCCUGGUCCUGGAGCUGCUGAUCUGCAUCACCGCCAUGCUAUUCGGACUCACCGUGCUGGCUGCGCGUAGGAGCCAGGUGCCCAGUGAGCGACCUCGCUACCCACAGACUCGCCCACCUCCAUCCCCAGCUGUGCAGGCUGUCCGGGCAGCUCCCCCGGCCGCUGCCGAGCCCAGCACAACUCAGGUGGCCGUGGUGGUGACGGAGCCUGACUCAGAGAUCCUGGAAGACAUUGCCACCCCACCCACCGAACCUCAAGUUGUGCCCAUUUAAAAAGCGCACCUUUGCACAAACACUCACACCAUUGUGUAAAUAGAUCCGGUUGCCGCACCUGGUGCUGCUGAAUAGUGGCAAAGUUAACUCUGUGUCAGUCAAGUGACAAACAUCAUUGGAAUGUGAGCAACAAGCCCACAAAAACUGUUCAAAGUAAUGGGGAAAAGGAAUAGUCACUAUAGUAGUCUAUAGACAGAAAUAGUUUAUAAUAUGUACAGUGUGUAUGAUAUAUUGAAGUCACAUGACUACUGAAUGAAGAGGCACAUAAUCGUGUACUGUAUUUCAGCACUUACUGGCAGGCUCAGACGAGGAACAUUUUUGGAACAUAACCUUGUAUAUUGUAUUUAUGUCUAAGGAAAGUAAGACUUAAAAACUACCGGUAAAUAACAAUAAUGAUGGAGCUCAUUUUAUUUGUACUGUAUUUUUCGCUGUUAUUUUGUUUUUGGUUAUUUAUUUUUGGUAUUUUUUGUUUGUUUUUUUAAAUAAUUUUCAUUACGAAUGUAAAUAUAUAUAUUUUUUACUAUCAAAUAAAAUAGGUUCUAGACAACUGUUGUAUUUUUUUUUAUUUGACAUAUCUUUAAUUUUUCAUAAGUGUUAUUCCUCUAGUUUGUUGUCACAUUUUUUAAAAAUGUAUACCGAUUUUUUUUUUUUUAAUUGACUAAAGUAGUAUUCACUAUUUUAUCCAAAUGUUAUCUUAUUUUGUACAAUCCUAUAUGUAUUCAUUUAAAUUGUAUUUGCAUUUUAAUUUUCAUUUAAUUUGCAGUGUGGGUUUCAUUUUCAUUCAUUUUGAAUGGAUAAGAUUACAAAUGUCGUUUGUACAUUUAAUAUGUAUGGAAUGCUUAUCUUCAAUUAAAGUGCUAUGUAAAGUGUUACAUAAAAGAUCACUCAUUACAGAUGUUUACUUUAAGGUAGUGCUGAAUUGUUGUAUACUGUACAUAUAUUUAGUGUAUCCUUUACCACUGGUCAAUCCGCAUUCUGGGACACAUUGUAUAUUGUCUAAAAGUGUCAAAUAAAAUCUUUCACUCAAUAGGUGAAUAGAAAAUGAUGAUUUUUUAUUAUGUGUUAUACAGUAUAUACAAUGUUGCAAAUAUUUGCACUUAAUGAAAUGUAAUUUCCAUCAAAAUAAGCAUAACGGCGACAAGUAAUCAUCAUUUACCUUGAGUCAAUCGGAAACCAUCAGUCAGAACGAUCCAAAUUCAUGUGUGGAGUCCCUCAAGGCUCCAUUCUUGAUCCACUCUUAUUUAACAUCCAUAUGCUUCCCCUAGCUCAGAUUAUGGAAAAGUAUGACAUCUCCUGUCAUACCCCUAUGCAGAUGACACACAACUCUACAUUUCUGUGUCCCCACAUGAUUAUAGUCCCUUAGUCUCCCUGAGUAAAUGCAUUCAUCAAAUCAAUGAAUGGAUGUGCCAGAAUUUUCUCCAGCUAAAUGUGGAGAAGACAGAAGUGAUCAUUUUUGGGCCAAAAAAGGAAAGGUCAAUGAUAAGCAGGCACCUUAGCAGUUAGCACAAUGUCACUUACAGCUACAAAUCAAGUCAGAAAUUUUGGCGUAAUUAUUGACUCAGACCUAAAAUUUGAUAGCCAUCUAAAGUCCGUCACUAAAUCUGCUUAUUACCACCUAAAAAGUACAGCCAGAAUUAAGGGGCUUCUGACUCAACAAGACAUGGAAAAACUUACGCAUGCAUUCAUUUUCAGCAGAUUGGACUGUAUACGGUAUAUUUACAGGUCUUGAUAAAAAAUCAGUCAGGAAGCUGCAGCUAGUACAGAAUGCUGCAGCCAGAGUCCUCACAAAUACAAGGAAAACUGAACCACAUUAAACCGGUUUUGAAAUCGUUACACUGGUUUCCAUUGAGUUAAAGGAUAGACUAUAAAAUACUACCGCUCAUCUACAAAACACUUAAUGGCCUUGGACCACAAUACAUGCUUGAUUUGUUAGAUUCCUAUGAAACAUCUAGACCCCUAAGGUCGUCUGGAACGGGUCUCCUGUGUUUUCCAAGAACAAGAACCAAGCAGGGUGAGGCAGCAUUUAGUUAUUAUGCUCCCUACCUCUGGAACAAGUUACCUGAAGGUCUGAGGUAUCCUCGAACUGUUAGCUCCUUUAAAUCAGGGCUAGAAACGCUUUUGUUUAAUACAGCAUAUCCAUAACUAUCUAUAUAUUUCAAGCUAUUUGCUUUCUAUUCCUCUUGUGCUUUAUCUCCAUUGCUGAUUUCAAUUAUUAUUAGUAGUAGAUUUUUUAAAAAUUCUUUCCGUGAUUAAA